AUGAACAGACAGUUUAUUCGAGGAUUGAGCGUUAGCGCCCCCGCUAGAAACUACGCAUCUACGAUCAAGAACUUGAAGGUUACCAAGGACACCAAAGUGAUUUACCAAGGUUUCACGGGAAGACAAGGUACAUUUCAUGCUGAGCAAGCUAUUGCUUAUGGUACAAAUGUCGUUGGAGGUACCAACCCUAAGAAAGCAGGCACUGUUCACUUGGACAGGCCUGUUUUUGGAUCAGUGAAAGAUGCAAUCAAGGAAACGGGAGCAGACGCCACUGCCAUCUUUGUGCCUCCUACUAUUGCAGCAGGUGCUAUUCAGGAGGCUAUAGAGGCCGAGAUUGGGUUGGCUGUCGCCAUUACAGAGGGAAUUCCUCAACAUGAUAUGUUGAGAAUCGCACAAAUGUUGAAGACUCAAUCUAAGACAAGAUUAGUAGGUCCAAACUGUCCAGGUCUCAUUGCUCCUGAUCAGUGUAAGAUCGGUAUUAUGCCUUCUCAGAUCCACAAAAGAGGAAAGGUUGGUGUGAUUUCCAAGUCUGGAACCUUGACUUAUGAAGCUGUUGCACAGACCACCAACGUUGGUUUGGGUCAGUCUCUUGUUAUUGGGAUGGGUGGUGAUCCUUUCCCAGGUACCAAUUUCAUUGAUGCUUUAACCUUAUUCUUGAAGGACGACGAGACUGAAGGUAUCAUCUUAAUUGGUGAAAUUGGAGGUACUGCUGAAGAAGAGGCUUCUGAGUUCUUGAAAGAAUACAAUUUAAAGAGACAAGGCGGUCCUAAGCCAGUCGUUUCUUUUAUCGCUGGUGUAUCUGCGCCACCAGGAAGAAGAAUGGGUCACGCUGGUGCCAUCGUUGCUGGAGGUAAGGGAGAUGCUAAGUCCAAGAUUGCAGCCUUGAAAGCUGCUGGUGUCGUUGUUGAAGCAUCCCCUGCUAGAUUGGGUAACUCCUUGUUACAAGAGUUUAAAGCGAAGGGUUUAUUGUAA